UCUUUGCACGGCUGCCUGAUGCGGUGAAUUCAUUGCUUUCAAAGCCGGGCGCUUGGCAGGCUCUCUCCCCCUUCCCCUGCCCUCCCCACGUCCCUCUCCCGUCUCCCACGGCCCAUCUGCCCCUCCCUUCCUCCAGCCCCCUCUCCGCUCUGCUCCCCUUUAUUUCCACUCCCCACCCGCGGGGCUCUGCCCUCCCUCCCUCUCUCUCCCCCUCGGCUCGGCUGUAUUUGGAGCUCCCGGAAGCCGCCGGCGACUCUCCCCGGGAGCAGCGUGACUGACACCGGCUCCGCUUCGGGGGGGAGGAGGGCGCGGGAGGAGGGCGCGAGUGGCCGGACUCGGAUUUGCGCCGCCGGGGACCCGACCUCGGGGCUCCCAGCAGAAUGGCAGAGAUGCAAGGACUGAUGGAGAGGCUGGAACGGGUGGUCGGCCGACUGGAGUCGCUGUCUGCAGAGUCACACCGGCCUCCUGGGGACUGUGAGGGACUUAAUGGUGUCAGUAGAGGUGUGGCACCCUCCGUGGAAGCCUUUGAUAAGCUGGUGAACAGCAUGGUGGCGGAGUUUUUACAGCAGAGUAGGAUCCUUGCUGGCGAUGUGGAGACUCACGCGGAAAUGGUGCAUAGUGCUUUCCAGGCCCAGCGGGCUUUCCUUCUGAUGGCCUCUCAGUACCAACAACCCCAAGAGAAUGAUGUCGCUGCGCUUCUGAAACCAAUCUCAGAAAAGAUCCAGGAAAUCCAAACUUUCAGAGAGAGAAACCGGGGGAGUAAAAUGUUUAAUCAUCUCUCCGCGGUCAGCGAAAGCAUCCCUGCCCUUGGGUGGAUAGCUGUGUCCCCCAAACCUGGUCCUUAUGUCAAGGAGAUGAAUGAGGCUGCCACCUUUUACACUAACAGAGUCUUAAAGGACUACAAACACAGCGAUUUACGCCAUGUGGAUUGGGUGAAGUCCUAUUUGAACAUUUGGAGUGCUCUGCAAGCAUACAUCAAGGAACACCAUACCACCGGCCUGACUUGGAGCAAAACUGGGCCAGUAGCAUCAACCGCAUCAGCAUCGUCUGUCCUGUCCCCUGGGCCUGGCCUUCCUCCGCCCCCUCCCCCACCCCCUCCUCCAGGGCCACCUCCACUUUUUGAGAAUGAAGACAGAAGAGAGGAGCCCUCCCCUUCACGCUCAGCUCUAUUUGCCCAACUUAACCAAGGGGAAGGAAUUACGAAAGGGCUCCGGCACGUCACAGAUGACCAGAAGACAUACAAGAAUCCCAGCCUACGGACUCAAGGAGGACAAACUCCAUCUCCUACCAAAAGCCUCUCUCCAGGCUCCAGGGCCCCCCCGUCUCAUCCUCCUCAGAAACAUGCUCCCGUGUUCGAGUUGGAAGGAAAGAAGUGGAGAGUCGAGUAUCAAGAGGACAGGCAUGACCUUGUGAUUUCGGAGACCGAACUGAAACAAGUGGCUUACAUUUUCAGCUGCAACAAGUCCACUCUACAGAUGAAGGGAAAAAUAAAUUCCAUUACAAUCGACAACUGUAAGAAGUUUGGCCUUGUGUUUGACAACGUGGUAGGCAUUGUGGAAGUGAUCAAUUCCAAGGAUAUUCAAAUGCAGGUCAUGGGGAAAGUGCCAACAAUUUCCAUUAAUAAGACGGAAGGUUGCCACAUCUACCUCAGUGAAGAUGCACUGGACUGUGAGAUUGUGAGUGCCAAAUCGUCUGAAAUGAAUGUCCUGAUUCCUCAGGAUGGUGAUUAUAGAGAAUUUCCUGUUCCAGAACAGUUCAAGACAGCCUGGGAUGGAUCCAAGUUGGUCACGGAACCUGCAGAAAUUAUGGGCUAACCUCCAGAGAGACUGAGCCCCCUGACCUGAACCCAUCAAAAAAAGAAACAAAAGCAAAACAAAAAAACAAAAAAACAAGCAGCAUUGAAGACCUAGAAGUCGCAGGAACACCUACUGCUUUAGUUUUGGCUUCCAGCAGUUCUGUGUUCUAGAAACAGCAUCAUUUGUGGCAUGCCUUCGUGGGCAUUUUGAAGUAUUUAACGUUUCUUCAUGAUUUGCCUUUGUGUGUAAUUUGAGUUCCACAUGAUGACUAGUGAGCAUUACACAUUUUAAGGGGGAGGGGAGAAUUCUGUCCCCCUAAUAUCACGAACACAGUAGCUGAUAGGUAAAAAUACUGCAUGAUUCAAUUUGACACUUUGGUUUAAUUGCUAGUUGGAAAAUAAAACCUUUGAGAAUCUAAGAUGUACAUUUUUACCCUUGAGACAGUUUCAGUGUGAUGCAGUAGUGAUAUGCUCUGAAAAGUUUUGACCUUUUUUCCCUCGUUUUUACCAAACGUUCACCUUUGUCAGCGUGGAUACAUUGUCAGCAUGAUACAUAUUUCAAGGCACUUUUUUUUUUUUUUUUUACGAAACGUAAGAAAAUUCCAUCCUAAAGACCAUUAUCCAGUUUCUUGGUCCUUAGAAGACUUGUAUUCUUUACAGUUACUAAAACUUAAAACUAAAAGUCAUUUCUAAUUUUUCUUAAAAUAUUCCUCUGCCAUUGUCAAAUGGGAAACUUUUACUUUUCUGCAGAAAGUUUUUUUUUUUUUAUGCCAAACGAUUGGUGGGAGGAGGCAGACAGAUUACCUCACAAUUUUGCUCAAAGAUCAAGCUCAUACAUUUUUUUUGUUUCCCAGUGUUGAACCUGUUGAAUGAAUAAUCAGAUGCCUUGUAAAGUAUGUCGUUAAUGUUUUAUUAUAGACUUCCUUUUUCACUGUCCAGACUUCUAACCAGUCUCAAAACAAUGAGAGUUAAAAAGCCAUAGAUGUAACACUUCUUCCAAAACCUAAGAAAUUCUUUGUUGGCUUGACUUGCCGCUCCUAUUUUGUAGUAUUGAUAGAACAUGCUUUUUCAGUACAAGAGAAACUAGCAUAUUCCUUUGUAUUCUUUCAGUACACAGCGCUGAACAAUCCACAACUUGUUGGAUCAGUGUAAUGAAUUCUAGUAUAAUGCUUGCAGACCCAAUACAAGCAUAUAUAUAUUGUGCCUCCUACAGCCUUUGGGAUACGUCGUUUCCGUUUUUUAAAUAUCUUCUAUACCCAUACAGUAUUCAAAUUACUAAUGCUCAUGUACCAAGGUUUUGCUAUAAAAGUUUUGUUCAUAUGAAUUACGUGGCUUUAGUAAAUAUCUUUUUUUUCAACUGUAAACUUAUUCUGAAAUAAAGUAAAAUUCUAAUUGUUUAAA